UAAGUGUAUCUAUCUUCUUUAGCAAAGCAAAGCAGUUUCAGGAUAUUUUGGUAUUUUCGCAAAGAGGAAAUUUUAGUAUUUUUUUAUAUCCAAAUAAGGAUGACUAUAGAAGGUGGUGACUUUUUUAACUACUUUGUCCGUUUGAUAUUAUAAUGCAGAGAUGAUGCACAGAACAUAAUAAUAACUGCUACUUUAUUUCUCUAUUGUGCAAAUAAAAUAACAAAAAAAAAAACAAAUCAUCUCUUUUUGUAGUUUUAUCGUGUUUUAAUUGUAAGUAGGUGAACAAGAUUUUUAUUUUAUUGUAUUGUUGUUCGCAAGGAUAUUUUUUUUGUUGAUGUUUUUUUGUCAAACCGGGAUAUUAUUGCAUAAGUUAGCAGAUUUAACGGUGUUUUGGUUUUAAAUUUGUGUGAAUUUGAAUCAGUUUUGACGAUGAUCCUUGAUGUUUUCUCUUCGGGACAAUGAUUGUUUAUUCUUAGGCUUAGUGUUUUCUUUGUGUUGGUGAAGGAUUUUUAACAAUGUGAUUUUUUUCCGUCUAUUAAUUCAGAUAACCUAAGUGCAAUACCUAUACGAUAUUCUUGAUUUGUAAUUUAACUAAAACAGAAACAAACAUUUUAAUACCAUCACCAAAGUGCCGACGGUAAAAACGAAUGAACUUUACUGUGUGAAUGUGAAUUUUAAAUUAACCAAAAUAUAACGUAUAACGGAAAGAAAAAACAAAAAUAAAAAUCGACUGUUUACAAAUAGAUAGAAAAAAUAGAUCUGAAAGGCGAAAGAUACAAAUUCAACACAAUUUAAUGGAUAGUAGCUGAGAUUAUUUGGAAGACUUGCGAGUUAGCAGCAGCAGUUGUAGCAGCAGCAGCAGCAACGUUAGCAAGAUGUGCUCCAUUUUUCACAACCGAAUUAAUUACCGAGGUCCUAGGGGUGGCAAUGGUGCCGGAGGCAACGCCACGGAGCCAUCGUCCAUCAAAGAUGACCCAGAUCGGAAUAACAAUAGUGGCAGCGAUGGCCCAGACUCACGUCUCCUACACCUCAAUCCAAGUGACGAGGAGGAGGACGAAGGUGAUUGCGGCGAUGGUGGCGUCGUUGUGGAGGAGGCAUUGGAUCUAUCGGUGAUGUCUCGAUUCCCGGCCACCGGCCAUGUUGCCCUCGAAGCCCUCCAACACACAAAGGUGGCUGUGGCUCAAUUUGCCGCCACAGCCAUAGCCAACUCCCAGAACUAUGACGAGGCAGUGAGUGAUCUGGCAGUGGUGCAAUCGACGAUAUUCAACGUGCAGCGCCAGCAGCUCAUGCAGAUGCAGCUGAUACAGCACCUGCAAUCACAGUUAAAGCACCGAACGGAGGAGGAUGUCGAGAACGACAACGACAAUGAAAAUGACGAUGAUGAUGCUGGUAAUGGUAAUGGCAAUGCUGAAGUUGACGCUGAAGCUGACGCUGACGAGGAUGAAAGACUUACGAUUAAGGAGGAGGAAGAUGACGGGGACAUAACUUGCCAUCAGAGCACUGAUCAAAUCCCAGAGAAAGAAAAGACUGAAAUCAAAGAGGAACAGGCGAAGUCCACUGGUGAGAGUCUGAGCCUGAGGGUGAGGGCGAUGGAGAGCGAAAAGCCGGAAUGCACGGAAGCAUUUCAGCCGCACCUAUGCGAUAUAAGUUCAUCAUUUGCCUCGAGCAUCAUCACCAAUCAUGACCCUCCACCGCCGCCCAACGAGCCAAAUUGCCUGGAAAUGCUGCAGCGACGAACCGAAGAGGUCCUAGACUCAGCCUCGCAGAGCGUGCAUUCGAAUCAUUUGAAUGACGAGUAUGACUACUCUAGAAAAGACGGUCAGGGUAGAGGGGAGAUUUUCAAGCAUCGUUGUAAAUACUGUGGGAAAAUAUUUGGUUCCUAUUCGGCUCUGCAGAUUCACCUGCGAUCGCACACCGGGGAGAGACCCUUUCAGUGCAAUGUUUGCGGUAGCAAAUUCACGACAAAGGGCAACUUGAAGGUGCACUACCAACGACACACUCAGAUAUUUCCACCAAUGAUGAUGCCACCGUCUGGGAACCCCGAGCAAUAUCCCCCACCUCCUUAUCCGGUGUCCGGUGGGAAUCCAUCCAUUCGCUUGCCAUUCCCUCCAUUCGUCCAAAUGCCUCCAUUCCAUGUGAGUUCGUCCCCGAAUAGGGAGAAGGAACCUCCAUCAAUUGAGAAGAAACCACAGCCUCAGCAGCAAACCGAGGCGCAGGACCUCCGAAAGCCUCUGAAAGAAGACGACGAGGAGCCUGUUGUGCUUCCCCUAGUCGAUGAUAAACCAAAGAAAGAAAUAGCCAUUCCCAUCCCUCCACCCAAUCAUCGUCGAAAGCGGCCAUCAAGUCCCAGAGAGCCGAGAGAUUCCCACCCCCCACCUCCACCAAAAAUACCCGCAGAAGAAAUUGGGGCCGAAAACUUGUGCAAAACAUCGCGACGAUCUUCGUUGAGUCGAGGAUCGGCUACAAGCCUCGACCAAAUACCAUCUGAGUAUUCCCUAGCCCAGAUGGAACGACUCAUUGACAAGUCCUGGGAGGAUCUAAUAGAAAUCGACAAGACCUCUGAAACGUCCAAGCUGCAGCAACUGGUAGACAACAUUGAGAACAAGCUCACCGACCCAAAUCAGUGUAUAUUCUGUCAGAAAGUGAUGUCCUGUCGGAGUUCCUUGCAGAUGCACAUCCGAACGCACACCGGCGAAAGGCCUUUUCGAUGUCGGAUCUGUGGUCGAGCCUUCGCCACAAAGGGCAAUCUCAAAGCGCACAUGAGCAUACACAAAAUCAAACCGCCAAUGCGAAGCCAAUUCAAGUGUCCUGUAUGCCACCAGAAGUUCUCGAAUGGCAUAAUUCUGCAGCAACACAUUCGGAUACACACGCUCGACGAUGGCGACGGAGGUGGUGUCGAUAGAGCGAAGUACAUAGAGAUGUCGAAUGCGGCCGAGGACCAAAGUUCUACCAGAUCGAUAUGCACAUCAGAUAAUAUGGACUUUUCACAGUCGGAGUAUUCGGGUCAGAGGUCAGAAUCGUCGCAGGGUGACUUCGAUGAUUUCACCAUGGUGAGUGAGGAAGAGUCUCCGAAUAAUGAGGUGAAUAGCGAGGAGAGACGUGAGCGUGAACGUGAUCGGGAAGAAAAGGAGCGCCAUGAUGAAUCGGAGGGUGGUAGUUAUUCGGAUGAGAACAACGGUGUAAUGGAUUUGUCAGCAAAGUCGGCAGACAGUGAAAAGAGUUCAGAAAAUACGGGUGUCAGUUUGGUGCCUAAUUUCCUGCUAAUGGCCAGAGAGAAUCGAAGUCCACCGAAAUUUCCGAUGAUGCCGUUCGGUCCGUUGGGGAUAAUUGCUGGUCUUCGUGGUGCUGCAAAUAUAUGCAACAUAUGUUUUCUCAUCUUUCCAAGUCCAACUGAACUCGAACUUCACAUUCGAACUCAUAAUACCAAAGAGGAUAACUUCAAGUGCUCCAUCUGUGAUAAAGGCUGUGCAACAAAAGAGGAAUUCCAUCACCACAUUUUGUCCCACAGAUUGCGUCGCGAUUCUGAGGAUUCUAUGCUUAAUCAAAAUUCAAAUAAUUUCCCGCACGAUGAGGCUCACAUAGAAAUGAGUCAAAAACCACCAUCGGAAAUAUCCACCAAUACCAAUACCACAACCACCACUAAUCACGAUAAUCAAAUACCACCAUUAUCUCCUACCGGACGAGAUUCAUCUUCAACUAUGACCUCGGAUAAUAAUAAUGUAGGAGGUGAUGCUGAACAUUCACUGAUGAAAAUGCAACUCCUUUCUUCACUCCCCACUGAACCACAUCACAGGCAUCAAUCAUCGUCAUCGGAUUCAUCACAAUUCACACCCAAUACUCUAAUCAAACAACAAGAACUUCAGCAAAACGCCCAAGAACCACCGGCGAACAAUAAACACUUCUGUACGGUUUGUCGAAGAAAUUUCAGCUCCAGUUCGGCCCUGCAAAUCCAUAUGAGAACUCACACUGGAGAUAAGCCAUUUCAGUGUAAUGUCUGUCAGAAGGCUUUCACCACGAAAGGAAAUCUUAAGGUUCAUAUGGGAACGCAUAUGUGGACGAAUCCAGCAUCAAGACGAGGUCGUCGAAUGUCAUUGGAACUUCCGAUGCAUAGGCCUAAUUUACCUCCAUUAGGGACACAUCAAGAUUCUGAACUUAUGUCGAGAAGACCAGAAAUAUUCUUCCCCUAUUUACCACCAUUCUUCAAUGGUUUACAACCAAAGCCUGUUGAUCUUCCACCUGGAUCAUUCCCCGGUCUCCCACCACCCCCAUUCCCGAAUGGAAGUGCCCAGAAGUACUCCGAUCUUAUGGGAUUUGGUCCAUUCCUAGGUGCUCCAUACAACUUUCCACCUUUACCGAACAUGGACCGUCAACCUAGCAAAUCGCCAUCUUUAGAUGAGAAGAAUUCAAGAAGUCCUCAACAAGAAAGUCCAACAAAUCAGAAUGGACCUUUAUCACAUCGUCAUCAGCAGCAAUUUAACAAUCAACAACAACAACAAUCUUUGUCAUCGUCAUUAAUGAAAAAGAAUUUUCAUCAUGAUGAAUUUGUCAAAGGCUGAAGUUAAGAAAAAUAAAAGAAAAACAAUUUUAAAAAAUGUAUACCGAUGAUCAAAGAUUAAAAACACACAUAUCCUUUAUUUAUAUAAAUAAAAAACAUUUAAAAAAAUAAAGAUAUCAAAGGAUAUCUUAGCAAUACGUUGGCAUUUAUUGAAGGAAUAAAACAUGAAUUGCAUUAAGUUUUGUAAAAAUUAAAAUAAAAUUAAAAGAAAAAUUGAAUUGAAAUAUAAUAAAAGCUUAGACUAUUAGUUUGUAGUGGUAUUUAUGCUGUAUAUGUAUAUUUAAUCUAGGCUUUUAAGAACUAAAAAUUAGAACUAUGA